AUGAAGCUCCUCCUGUUCCUGCUCUUUCUUCCCGUCCUCCUCUCGUACUCCUUUUCGUUGUCCGACGAUGGAAAAUACGAGCGUUCGGCGACUCCUGGCUCUGCCUCUCGCCUCGUCGCUCGAAUGGACGGAGACAUCAUCAUUGGCGCUUUGUUCUCCGUGCACCACCAGCCGUCGGCUGAGAAAGUGGCGGAGAGGAAAUGUGGAGAAGUUCGAGAACAAUACGGUAUCCAGCGAGUGGAGGCCAUGUUUCACGCUUUGGACCGGAUUAAUGCGGAUCCAAACCUGCUUCCCAACAUCUCGCUGGGAUGUGAGAUCAGGGAUUCGUGCUGGCAUUCAUCGGUGGCGUUGGAACAAAGUAUUGAGUUUAUCCGUGACUCGUUGAUUUCCAUUCGGGAUGAAAACGAAGGGGCUCGUUGGUGCAUCGAAGGAUCGCCGUCCUCUCAGCCGCCGCCCACUAAGAAACCCAUCGCAGGUGUCAUCGGGCCUGGUUCCAGCUCUGUGGCGAUCCAGGUCCAGAACCUCCUUCAGCUGUUCAACAUCCCUCAGAUCGCCUACUCUGCCACGAGCAUCGAUCUGAGCGACAAGACGCUGUUCAAGUACUUCCUGCGGGUCGUCCCCUCCGACACGCUGCAGGCCCGCGCGCUGAUCGACAUCGUGAAGCGCUACAACUGGACCUACGUCUCUGCCGUUCACACAGAGGGAAACUACGGGGAGAGCGGCAUGGAGGUUUUUAAAGAGCUGGCGUCUCAGGACGGACUCUGCAUCGCUCACUCUGAUAAGAUCUACAGUAACGCCGGGGAGAAGCAGUUCGACCGGCUGCUGAGGAAGCUGAGAGAACGUCUCCCCAAAGCGCGGGUGGUGGUGUGUUUCUGCGAGGGAAUGACGGUUCGAGGCCUGCUGGCGGCCAUGAGGAGGCUCGGGGUCGCAGGGGAGUUCCUGCUCAUCGGCAG